AUGGCCGAAACAACCAAAGUCACCAUGUUGCCAGCUCCGGCCCCUGUGGUCAUCAAAGGCAGUGAGCCACGGAGAAGACUAGGUCCUAGCGAUAGCAUGACGCAAGUUCUGGCUCGCUAUCUCCAUCGCCGCAUCAUUGACGCCGGAUGGAUUCGAAACGACACAGACGCAAAGUCGGGCCCGUCGGUUCCUGGCAUGGUCAUCAAGAGUGAAGACGGGUCCGAAUAUGUGACGGAGCCGUCCAACACCUACCCGGAGCUCAUGCAGUUUUGCCAACGGCUCAACAUCACCGCAGCAUUCACGAUGAGCUGCGAGCUGACGGACCAAAUAUGUGACACCAUCUCCGCGCACGAGGACGAGAUAACACUCCCCAGUGGCAUCACGGUCCCCAUUGUGCAAAGCCUGAGGCACCUGGCGACCACUGAUCGCUCGGUGCGCAUGCGCGACUUGUUCUGCUUGGUAAAACAGGAGCGCUGCCUGGUCAUCUGGAGUCAGACAGCCGACGGUCUGUUCGAGCACGCGGCCGACGUAGAAGAGGGCUGCAUGACAACGGACGUUGCUCCAACUCCUACUCCGGGCGGACACCACGUCAUGACGGGCGCAAUGCACACCCGCGAGACCUCUGCCGACCUAGAGAAGUGGAAAGCCAACCAAGGCUUCCGCACACCCGAGAUCGACGAGAUGUCCGAGCUUGACGCCGAGGAGAAGGCCAACUUGGGCCCGAGGAAGCGGCCAUUUGUGUUGACACACUCGGUGCUGGCGGGCAUCGCCGUGUGCUUGCUCGUCAUCACUCAGAGCUUGAAUGUGCGCCAGAUCAUUAUCGAGGUCAAGGCUUUGGGCUCCGUGGCAUACGACCGCAUCGCCAUGGCCGCGACCGUGCCCAUCUUCGCCUUCUUCAGUAUCUUCUUCUUCUCAACGCUCGUGACGGCAGCCUUCCAGCUGAUCGGCCCAAUGCAAGACAUUAAAACAGGCUGCACGCGGUUCUACAGUAGCAUCAAGCCUGACCACCGCAAGCAUGGCAAUAUCGUAUGGCCCCAUAUCACUAUUCAGAUGCCCGUGUACAAGGAAGGACUCAAAGGCGUUAUCCAGCCGACCAUCAACAGCUUGUUGCCCGCCAUCGAGCACUACAACCGCCUCGGCGGCACUGCCAACAUCUUCAUCUGUGAGGACGGCAUGCAGCUCGUGUCGGACAGCGUGCGCGAGAUGCGCACGCAAUUCUACCGGCAGCAUGACAUCGGGUGGGUCGCCCGUCCUGGCCACGGCAAAGACGGGUUCGUCCGUGGUGGACGCUUCAAGAAGGCGUCCAACAUGAACUACUGCCUCGAUUUUAGCUUGCGCGUCGAGGACCGCCUGCUCCAGAUGAUUGCCGACGAGCGCGAGGCGAGGGGCUUCACCAACCCCGCGCAGCAGCUCGAGAUCGAGGAGGAGGAGCAACUUUACGAAGCCGCCUGUCGCGAGGUUAUCGAGGGCGACCAGGGCAAGACGAUGGCAGAGGGCAACGUCCGCAUUGGCGAGAUCAUCCUGCUCAUUGACUCUGAUACGCGUGUUCCCGUCGACUGUCUCUCGCUGGCUGCCAUGGAAAUGGAGGAAAGCCCCGAGGUUGCCAUCAUCCAGCACGCCUCAGGUGUCAUGAACGUAACCAACAGUUGGUUCGAGAAUGCCAUCACCUACUUCACCAAUCUCAUCUACGCCGCCAUUCGCUUCUCCGUUGGUAACGGCGAUGUCGCCCCCUUCAUCGGUCACAACGCCUUCCUCCGCUGGAAGGCAAUCCAGAGCAUCAAGUUCACGUCAGAGGACGGUCGCGAGCUCUUCUGGUCCGAGAACCACGUCUCGGAGGAUUUCGACGUCGCGUUGCGGCUGCAGGCCAAGGGCUUUGUGUUGCGUCUUGCUACAUAUGACAAGGGAGAAUUCAAGGAAGGUGUCUCGCUCACCGUCAUGGACGAGCUGCUGCGUUGGGAGAAGUACUCCUACGGCUGUUCCGAGCUUCUGUUCAACCCUUUCUACCAAUGGAUCUACAAGGGCCCCUUCGCGUCCAUGUUCUACCGCAUGAUCUUCUCGAACCUCAAGACCACCUCCAAGUUCACCAUCAUCGGCUACAUGGGCACCUAUUUCGCCAUUGCCUGCUCCCUGCCCUUGUCACUCGCUAAUUACUUCAUCGUGGGCUGGCUGACGCCCGACCUGGAUGCCAUCUACACCGACUCGUGGAAGAUCAUGGUGGGCUGCAUCGUCGUCUUCCAGGGCAUCUCGCCUGUGUGCUUCGCCAUCUAUCGCCACAGGGUGGGUGACAUGCCGUUCUGGAAGGCACUGUACGAGAACCUCAAGUGGUAUUGGUUCUUCAUCAUCUUCUUCUCCGGCAUCUCAUGGCACUUGUCCUACUCGCUGCUGGCCCAUCUGCUUUGCCUGCCCAUCGAGUGGUCGUCGACCGUCAAGGAGCUCGAGUCGACGGGCUUCUUCAUUGGUCUGGACAACGUCACAAAGUACUACAAGUACUCUACUGCUUUCAGCCUGGCCAUUAUCGGCGCCAUGAUCUAUCUCAGCCAAUUCGCGCCUUCUGACUGGGUCAUCAACAGCUGGUUGUGCAUCGUGCCUCUGGCCAUGCAGGUCGCCGGGCACUUGCUGAUGCCCAUACUUUCUAUCGUCUAUUAAUCACGGGUUCGAGGGCUGGAGAUAAGUAAUACCGGUGUGCAGUGG